CCCCAUUUUGCGCCUAAACCCUAAACCCCCAUUUUGGAUUUCGUAAGUAAAUGAAGAGAGAAGCUGAUUCUUGAAUAGUCGACGACCAUUGUUAUGUCUUCUCUGAUACUCCACCAUGGAAGGUCUCUUAAGUUACUACACAAGUGCCCUAAUUUGAGAGUCUCACCGCAAAACCCAUUUUCUUUUUCCAGUUCCUUCUCUUCUACUAGAGCUAAAGAUGGUCAAAAAGGUCAGAUUUUCACUAUCUCUUACCUCAUUGAUUCAUUGGGUUUAACCGCAAACCUCGCUGAAUCGAUCUCAAGAAAAGUAAGCUUCGAGGAGAGGAGAAAUCCUGACUCUGUUCUGAAUCUUUUUAGAAGUUAUGGUUUCACAGAUCCUCAGAUCGCAAGCAUCAUUACUGAUUAUCCACGAUUGCUUAUAGUAGAUGCUAAGAAAUCUCUUGGUCACAAGCUUCAAGUUUUGCAGUCUAGAGGAGUUUCAAGCUCUGAGCUCACUGAGACUGUUUCUAAAGUUCCUAAAAUCUUGGCAAUGAAAGGGGACAAAACUAUAAGCAGAUACUAUGAUUUCGUCAGAGAGAUUAUCGAAGCGGGUAAGAGUUCUAAGUUCGAAAAGUUAUGUCAAUCUAUGCCACAGGGUAUGCAAGAGAAUAAAAUCCGAAAUUUAUCUGUUUUGAGAGAACUUGGCGUGCCUCAGAGGUUAUUAUUCCCUUUGCUCGUCUCUGAUCGUAAACUUGUAUGUGGAAAAGAAAAAUUUGAAGAAUCUCUUAAGAAGGUUGUUGAGAUGGGUUUUGAACCGACAACCUCAAAGUUUGUCAACGCUCUACGUGUUGUUCAAAGAAUCAGCGAGAAAGAAAUAGAAGAAAAGGUCAGUUUCUAUAAAAGGUUAGGCUUUGAUGUGGGAGAUGUAUCUGAAAUGUUCAAGAAGUAUCCAGUCUCUAUGAGAUUAUCCGAAAAGAAGAUAACUCAGAAGUUUGAAACCUUGAAGAAGUGUGGACUACUCGAAGACGAGAUCCUCUCAGUGUUUCCGCAAUGCAUUGGUGCUUCGGAGCAGAAGAUAGCAAAAUCCAUUGAAACAUUUAAAGACCUCGGAUUCAGCAAAAAUGAGUUUGCGUUUAUGGUCAAGCACUUUCCUAUGUGUCUUAACAUAUCCGCAGAGACGGUGAAGAAGAAGACGAAGUUUCUGGUGAAGAAGAAGAAUAAGUUUAUGGUGAAGAAAAUGAAAUGGCCACUAAAUUCUGUGGCUUUUUACCCGCAAGUACUUGGACUAAGCAUGGAGAAGAGGAUUGUACCAAGAUGUAACGUUAUGAAAGCACUCAUGUCGAAAGGAUUGCUUGGAAAUAGAGAAAGCAAAUUACCUUUAAAGGAAGCUGUCUUGUUAUGUACCGAUGAAGAGUUCUUAAGAAUGUAUGUGAGGAACCAUGAUGACAAGGAGCUUGUGGCUGAACUAAUGGCUAUCUUCAACGGAGAUCGAGUUUUAUAGAUCAGAAGGCUUCUCAAGUAUUUUGCUUUUAUUUAUGAAUCUCUUUUCCGAUAUACUACCUUGAGGUUUGAAGCCUAUCAACAGCAAUGCAGCCAAAGAACUCAUGUGUUUAUAUAUUUGCUAGUCUAAUGGAUUUGAAUGAUGAUAUACUCAUAUGUUGGUGGAUUAGUCAUGUAAGCUUUUUAUCAUUCCUUAAUUAGUGUUUGAUCUUUGGUUUCUUGAGAAUCUUUGUUUAAUUAGAGCCAAAAAUCUCUUAGGCCUUGGUAGAAAAAGAUUGCGUUUCCAAGUGAUUGGCUUAGUCUUUGUCACACUUCUAUGUCGUUCUUGUGCGCUUAUGAUUUCAUCAUUCCCGUAGAAUAUUUUGACUGCCUCUUUCCAUUCCCCUGCACCAACUAAUCUUCACAUGGAUCUUGACAAUUCAAUAACUCCGAAAGUACUCACUAGUCACUAGUUCCAAAGUGUGGUUGUAACUGAAUUAACCUGCCAAAAGAGUAGCGUCCAAGACUGUGUGUGGUCUGCAAAAUCUUCAAGAAAGCUGAAGGCAUGGGAGCUCUUAUAGCAGCUCGUAUGAUUAUUAAUAAUGCUUUCGAGACUCUUGCCUUUGUCUUAAGUUGCCACAACUUCUGUGGUAUAGGCCAAAGAAAAGGUAAUGUCAACUGUUAAGUUUUGCUUUCCAGCUUCCAUGAGAUGUAAAGAGUAGUCCAAUUUAUUGAAAGAGCCCUUACUCACUUUAAUUCUCUUUAAACUCUCUCUAAUGACUUAAGAAUCUUCACAGACUAAUAUUAUGAAAGUUCAAUUCUCAAAACUCUUUUUUUUUGUCUGAAUAUAAUACGAAUGUGGAAUACAUGGUAAAAUACGAUUUUGGUAUACAUCACCGACAAGAGUCGAAACUUUUUCAGAAACUAAACAUAUAGAAAACACGAAGACAAGAAGCUCAUGGCCGAGUUGAUGGCUAUCUUCACUGGAGGUCGUGUUUCAUAUAGCAGGAGGCUUCUCAAGGAUUUUGCUAUUACUCAUGAAAACCUGAAACCUCAAUUUUAAACUUUUGUAAUCUCAAUAUGAUCCGGUUUGUUUUCUUCUAUAUGUAAUCCAUCUUAGAAAAUAACUUAAAACCAUUUGAGGCUAAUUAUGAGUAAAUGCAUAUAAGAAACGAUGUCGUUUUGUUGUAGAGUUUCAAUUUUUCUCCACCAAGAUUAGAGAACUAUACUUUUAUAUAUCAGAUCAAGAUGACUCAGUUUUAAGGUUUAAGACUUGAUAUUUUUGUCAUUUUUAGUAGUAGUGAUUAGUUUAACGAUAAUGAUAAUAAUUUAAUAAUGAAGAUUAAUAAAGAAGCAGAAAAUUUUAUUCUGUUGCAUAAUUUGCAUUUGGUCACGACAAAGCGAUUCUUUUCUCACUUUUCUUUAUCUUUGUUUUACUUCGUAUCGUACCUUGUGUCCUAUUUAAAAUUAAAUUUAUGAUUGGUCAGUAGAAGUAGUAUGCGUCGAUUUUGUAAUCAAUAAACUUUAAAUACUUAUAGUUAUGCAAUGAAUUUGACGUUAAAUCCAGUCCGUAAAUAUUAAUGUAUACACAAAAUUGGUUGUAACAAAAUUUUAAACCGGCGAAAAAUUAAUUGCAUAAAGUACUCAAAUCUCAUAAAGAAAAUUUAAGAACUAUCAAAUCUUUCAACUGUCGAAAUAGUCGUAUUAAACAUAUGUAUAUGUAUAAACAUUAUCAAUCAAAUAAAUAAUGAUAUAGUUUCGACAACCAUGAUAGAAACUAAUAAUUAUUUAUUUUAUUUCAUCAUUACUAGUCAACCAUGAGUCCAUGAGUGACUAAAAACUGUAACAUCUCAAAUAAUUUUGUUAAGAGAGUAAUUAUUAAAAUUCCUUCUCAUCCAUCAAAUAUU